UCUCCCCUCUCCCGGAGUUAAAUUAUGCUUGUUCUCUUCUUGGCCUUCCAAACGUGGCUUUAACAAAUGGCCUUCUGAAGCUCAUCCGAAAUCCAGUAGGAACUCCCAAGCGUCGUUUCGGUGGUUUUAGCCUUUACGCAACCGCAUUUCUCACCGGAAAACGCGGACCGCUCGUGAUUUACACUUGUUGGACUCGGAAGAAGAGAAAGCCAUCUUCUCGUUGUUUCUUAAGAUUUAUGCAGUGUUUUCUUCUUGUUCUGACUGUGUAAUUUACAGUUUGUCUUUUGGCUGAUGGUUGAACUCAUUCGCGCGAAAAGCCCUACUAUUUGGAAAGAGCGUUUCGGAAUCUUCAGGCGAAUGUUGUGUUCAAAACAUUUAAUGUCUUCGUCGGAAUUACCAGGCAAUCUAUAGUUGUAGAAUCUCAUGUAACAACUACGACUAACUGGUGACGGUUGAAGUGUCUCCGGAAUCACAAGUAUCGCCGGAAAAACCUGGCCUGCUAGUGGCUCGGGGAUACAACAUCUCUUCUGUCCCGUAGGAUCGAUCCGCGGUCAUUCUUCUCGCUAUAUCAGUAUUUAUAAAUCAUGUUUCAGCAGUAUAUAGAAGCGUGUACUUUGUAUAUCAUAACAUAUGUACAUGCAUCUGUAGCUCUGACGUCGGUUCACUGAUUCAAGUGGAAAUCGGCUGAUUGAACUCAUCACAAAAAAAUUGAUACAAAUCCAGAAUCUUACGGCAACCGGAAUAUUCGGAAGCUCGGUUAUCUCCGGUGUAAUUCUCAAGUAUAAUGGCCGCUGCGUUGACAGGGGACGAUCUGGUAAGAUCGAUCAGCAGCCGCAUGAGUUCGGCGUCUGGGAGCAGGCGGAGUUGGGCGUCGGCGAGUUUCCGGGAGGCGUGGCAAGGGCCACCGGACGUAUUCAACCGUAGCGCCCGGCGACAGGACACCGACGACGAAGAGGAGCUCCGCUGGGCGGCAAUAGAGCGUCUCCCAACGUACGAUCGCCUCAGGAAGGGAAUGCUGAACAAAGUUCUCGACAACGGAAGAGUUGUUCGCGACGAGGUUGAUGUCACCAAGCUCGGAAUCCAAGAUAAGAAACAGUUAAUGGAGAGCAUUCUCAAGGUUGUUGAAGAUGAUAAUGAGAGGUUCCUUCAGAGGCUUAGGGACAGGAUUGACAGAGUAGGAAUUGAGAUUCCAAAGAUUGAAGUCCGUUACGAGCAUUUGUCAAUAGAGGGAGAUGUGUAUGUUGGCAGCAGAGCACUACCUACUCUGCUCAAUUCCACCUUGAACGCUAUUGAGAGUGUUCUAGGACUAAUUCACCUUGCCCCUUCGAAGAAGAGAGAAAUUCAGAUUCUUAAAGAUGUAAGCGGCAUUGUAAAACCAUCAAGGAUGACACUGCUUUUAGGUCCGCCAGGGGCAGGGAAAACGACAUUGUUGCUGGCACUUGCAGGGAAGCUUGAUCAGGAUCUAAGAGUAUCUGGAAAAAUCACUUAUUGUGGUCACGAGUUGGAUGAAUUUGUUCCUCAGCGGACCUGUGCUUACAUUAGUCAGCAUGAUCUCCACUAUGGAGAGAUGACAGUGAGAGAGACAUUCGAUUUCGCCGGACGUUGUUUGGGGGUUGGCACAAGAUAUGAAAUGCUGGUGGAGCUCUCCAGACGAGAGAAAGAAACUGGAAUUAAACCAGAUCCUGAGAUUGAUGCAUUUAUGAAGGCCACAGCAGUGUCAGGCCAAAAAACCAGUUUGGUUACAGAUUAUGUCCUUAAGAUACUUGGCUUGGAUAUUUGCGCGGAUAUUAUGGUUGGCGAUGAGAUGAGAAGGGGUAUUUCUGGUGGACAAAAGAAGCGCGUGACCACUGGAGAGAUGUUGGUUGGGCCUGCAAAAGCUCUAUUUAUGGACGAGAUCUCAACUGGGUUGGACAGUUCCACCACUUUUCAGAUUGUCAAGUUCAUGAGGCAAAUGGUUCAUAUAAUGGACGUGACCAUGGUCAUCUCUCUUCUUCAGCCAGCCCCUGAAACAUACGAUUUGUUCGAUGAAAUUAUAUUACUUUCUGAAGGACAGAUUGUUUAUCAAGGUCCACGUGAGAAUAUCCUUCAGUUCUUUGAGUACAUGGGUUUCAAAUGCCCAGAAAGGAAAGGAGUUGCAGAUUUUCUCCAAGAAGUGACUUCCAAGAAGGAUCAAGAACAAUAUUGGUUCAGAAAGAACCAACCUUACAGAUACAUCCCGGUUCCAGAAUUUGCGGAGGUCUUCAAGUCCUUCCAUGUUGGCCAACAGAUAGCAACAGAUCUAAGUAUUCCAUACGAUAGAUCAAAGACCCAUCCAGCUGCAUUGGUGACAGAGAAAUUCGGUAUAUCCAAAUGGGAACUGUUCAAGGCAUGUUUUGACAGAGAGUGGCUACUAAUGAAACGUAGUGGCUUUGUGUACAUAUUCAAGACUGUCCAGAUAACAAUCAUGUCAAUAAUUGCCUUCACCGUGUUUUUUAGGACAACAAUGGCAGCUGGCACUUUGCAAGAUGGUGGAAAAUUUUUUGGAGCUCUGUUCUUUAGUCUCAUCAAUGUGAUGUUUAACGGCAUGGCAGAGCUUGCAAUGACGAUUUUCAGGCUUCCCGUCUUCUAUAAACAGAGGGAUUUCUUAUUCUAUCCUCCAUGGGCUUUUGGAUUGCCAAUUUGGGUCCUCAGGAUUCCACUCUCCCUCAUGGAAUCAGCAAUAUGGAUCAUUCUCACGUAUUACACAAUUGGUUUUGCUCCAUCUGCCAGCAGGUUCUUCCGGCAGUUCUUAGCAUUCUUCAGUAUACAUCAAAUGGCCCUCUCUCUCUUUCGCUUUAUUGCUGCAGUUGGAAGAACGCAGGUUGUUGCUAGCACUCUAGGCACCUUCACCUUGCUACUGGUUUUUGUGCUAGGAGGAUUUAUAGUCGCUAAAAAUGACAUUGAGCCAUUUAUGAUAUGGGGAUAUUAUAUUUCUCCAAUGAUGUAUGGUCAGAAUGCAAUAGUCAUGAAUGAAUUUCUGGACAAAAGAUGGAGUGCUCCCAACACAGACCCUCGGUUUAAUGCGCCUACAGUCGGGAAAGUCCUUCUCAAGACAAGAGGAUUCUUCACAGAUGAUCACAUGUUUUGGGUUUGUGUUGGAGCACUCUUGGGGUUUUCUCUUCUUUUCAACAUUCUAUUUAUUGCUGCAUUGACUUUCUUGAACCCUCUGGGUGAUUCGAAAGCUGUAGUAUUGGAUGAAGAAGACAAAAAGAAGAAAAAGAAAUCUGGACAAAUGGACCCCGAAGGUACUGGCAUGCAAGUAAGAAAUGCUUCACAGGGUGUUGACUCAAAUGCCCCUAGAAGAGGAAUGGUUUUGCCCUUCCAACCACUUUCACUUGCAUUCAACCACAUCAACUACUCUGUGGAUAUGCCUGCUGAAAUGAAAAGUCAUGGAGUUGAGGAGGAUCGUCUUCAACUGCUUAGAGAUGUUAGUGGUGCUUUUAGACCUGGGAUAUUGACAGCACUUGUUGGUGUUAGCGGUGCUGGGAAGACCACAUUGAUGGAUGUGUUAGCUGGGAGGAAGACCACUGGAUAUAUUGAAGGAAGUAUCAACAUUUCGGGUUAUCCAAAAAACCAGACAACAUUUGCUCGGAUUAGCGGUUACUGUGAACAGAAUGAUAUUCACUCACCAUAUGUUACCGUUUAUGAAUCUCUCCUAUACUCAGCUUGGCUUCGACUUUCUUCAGAUGUGGACACAAAAAGACGGAAGAUGUUCGUUGAGGAAGUGAUGGAGUUGGUUGAGCUUAAUCCUAUUAGGAAUUCUUUAGUUGGCCUUCCAGGAGUAGAUGGGCUUUCAACCGAACAAAGAAAGAGGCUAACAAUAGCUGUAGAAUUGGUUGCUAACCCAUCUAUCAUCUUCAUGGAUGAACCAACGUCUGGACUUGAUGCUAGAGCUGCAGCCAUUGUGAUGCGAACUGUGAGAAAUACGGUGGAUACUGGGAGAACUGUAGUGUGCACAAUUCACCAGCCAAGCAUAGACAUUUUUGAAGCUUUUGACGAGUUACUUUUGAUGAAGAGAGGAGGCCAAGUUAUCUAUGCAGGACCUCUAGGUCGCCAUUCUCACAACCUCAUAGAAUAUUUUGAAGCUGUCACGGGGGUUCCCAAGAUUAAGGAUGGUUAUAACCCUGCUACAUGGAUGUUAGAGGUUACUGCUCCUCCAGUUGAAGCUCAAAUAAAUGUGGAUUUUGCUGAGAUUUAUGUCAAUUCGUCGCUUUAUCAGAGAAACCAAGAGCUCAUUAAGGAGCUCAGUAUUCCUCCACCAGGCUCCAAGGACCUUUAUUUCCCUACCAAUUACUCUCAGCCAUUCAUUAUUCAGUGCAAAGCUUGCUUCUGGAAACAAUACUGGUCUUACUGGAGGAAUCCCCAGUAUAAUGCUAUUCGACUCUUCAUCACAAUUGCAAUUGGUGUCAUAUUCGGUCUUAUUUUCUGGGACAAAGGACAGAAAAUACAGAAACAACAGGAUCUGAUGAAUCUUUUGGGAGCAAUGUAUGCUGCUGUUCUCUUCCUUGGAGCCACUAAUACUUCCUCAGUACAGCCUAUCGUUGCCAUUGAGAGAACCGUAUUUUACCGUGAAAAAGCAGCAGGGAUGUACUCACCAUUACCUUAUGCGUUUGCUCAUGUGGCCAUAGAGACGGUCUAUGUGAUAAUUCAGACCUUUCUAUACAGUCUUCUCUUGUACAUCAUGAUUGGAUUCGAGUGGAAAGUGGGAAAAGUCUUGUGGUUCUACUACUACAUGUUGAUGUGCUUCAUUUACUUCACAAUGUACGGCAUGAUGGUGGUUGCCCUUACCCCUAGCCACCAAAUUGCCGCCAUUGUGAUGUCCUUCUUCCUCAGCUUCUGGAACUUAUUCUCCGGCUUCCUUGUACCCAGGCCGCAAAUCCCGGUCUGGUGGAGGUGGUACUACUGGGCUUCUCCCGUCGCUUGGACGCUGUACGGACUAGUAACCUCUCAAGUAGGCGACAAGAAUGCUUUGGUGGAGAUACCGGGGGAGGGGAAUGUGCCGGUGAAGUUAUUCCUGAAAGGUUACUUGGGUUUUGAUUAUGACUUCCUUCCGGCAGUUGCAGUGGCUCAUAUUGGCUGGGUGGUUCUCUUCUUCUUCGUCUUCGCUUAUGGCAUCAAGUUUCUGAACUUCCAAAGAAGAUGACAAGACUUUCCAAGCCCCCCCAAAAUGGAUGGCUCUGAAUUAUACCUAGAUAGGAAACUCAAUUGUGCAAUUAGUUAGUUGGGGAAUCAAAAUAAUUGCCGCCUUUUUCAUUUUCCUAGUUCAUUUGAUCCUGUAUCAUCAUUCAUUCUUUCUGGUUUGUCUUCAUAAAAUUUUAAAAAAUAAAAAAUGCCGCUUUUGUACUGGCGGCAAAACAGAUAUAUAGCAUACAGAAGGUGAAUUAUAAAUAGAGUUUUCCAUUUUACA